GACAAUAGGCAACCGCGAAAUAGUUGUUACGAGAAAAAGCUUUUUGUUAAUGGUGUUGUGUUAUAUAUUGUUCAUAUUUUUUGUCAUUUUUGUGAUAUUUCGAAACAGUUCGCCUGUGAUAAACACUCAAGUUGAAUAAUAACAAUGUGAAAUGAAAAUAAACAGAAGAAAAACAUUUACAUUGUCGUUUAUCUCCGGAAAAUUGUAUUUUUGCGAGAGUCAAUGACUAUUUUUAGACUUUCUAAUUUCUAAUGUUUUUCGAGUUUUUCGAACGUAAUGGACGAUCGGGAAAAUGAAAAAUAAAAUGCCACCAUUUCGCAGGAAAAAGAACGGAAAAUCUUUUCCAGUUAAAGUUUGUACUCUCGAUGCAGAAUUGGAAUUCAAUUUGGAGUGGAGGGCAACAGGACGGGAUUUAUUCGAUUUAGUUUGUCGCACAAUUGGUCUUCGAGAAACUUGGUACUUUGGAUUGCAAUACGAAGACGCAAAAGGAUUUAUAUCAUGGCUGAAACUCGACAAAAAGGUGCAAGACCAAGGAAUAUCUCAACAGCCAACGACUCCAUUUAUGUUCCUGGCAAAAUUUUACCCGGAAGAUGUUGCCGAGGAACUUGUGCAGGAAGUAACUCAACAUUUAUUUUACCUUCAGGUUAAGCAGGCGAUUCUUUCCAUGGAUAUUUACUGUCCACCGGAAGCUUCCGUUUUACUCGCGUCUUAUGCGGUUCAAGCCAAGUACGGAGACUAUGAUGAAGUCUCACAUCGUCCGGGAAUGUUGGCUAGUGAAGAUCUCCUUCCGCAACGGGUCAUUGAUCAAUAUCAAAUGACGCCGGAAAUGUGGGAGGAUCGCAUAAAAAUUUGGUACGCCGAUCAUCGGGGAAUGUCACGCGACGAAGCUGAAAUGGAGUAUUUGAAAAUUGCUCAGGACCUCGACAUGUACGGCGUCAACUAUUUUCCAAUUAGCAAUAAGAAAGAGACGGACUUGUGGUUGGGAGUGACGGCACUGGGACUCAACAUUUACGAGAAGGAGAAUAAGCUGACGCCGAAGACGACGUUCACGUGGUCCGAGAUCCGGCAUAUCAGCUUUGACGACAAGAAGUUUGUGAUCAAGCCAGUGGAGAAGUCGUCGCCAAAUUUCGUCUUCUUCUCGCAGAAAGUUCGCAUGAAUAAAUUGGUAAAGAAAAAAUCAGAUGUUGCCAGCUGGGUGAAGGGAAUGGUAGUUUUAGGAUUGGAGGAACGUAUUAGUGACAAAGCUGCUCGAAUAUUAUUUGUUAAGAUUCUGGACCUGUGCAUUGGCAACCACGAUCUAUUUAUGCGGAGAAGGAAGCCCGACUCGAUGGAGGUCCAGCAGAUGAAAGCCCAGGCCAAGGAGGAAAAAUCCAGGAGGCAAAUCGAAAGGAAUAAAUUAGCCCGUGAGAAGCAAUUGAGGGAAGCUGCAGAGAGGGAAAAAGCUGCGAUGGAACAGCGACUUUUGCAGUAUCAAGAAGAAAUUCGACUUGCCAACGAAGCUCUCAGACGGUCUGAAGAAACGGCAGACCUGUUAGCAGAGAAAAGUCGUGUGGCCGAGGAAGAAGCAAUGCUCCUGAGUCAGAAGGCCUCCGAGGCUGAGCAGGAGAUCACGCGAAUUAGACUGAAUAAUAUGAAAACAGAGGAGGAGAAGGUACAUCUCGAGAGAAAGACUCGGGAAGCCGAAUUGCUCACUGAGAGGCUCGUUCAGGAAUCCGAACGACGGGCUGUCGAGGCUGAGAAACUCAAGGACGAAUUACUUCGCGCCCGCAUCGCCGAAAAGGAAGCGAAGGAGAAACUACUCGAGUUCCUUAGCAGAAACGCUUACGCUAAUGCGAUAACCCCGGUGUCGAAUAUAUUUCCGUCGACGCAAGUUCUGCCCUCGGAUUUGCAAGCAGAUUUGCAAACAUUACAUCUCGACGCCGAACCACUGUCGCCUGAAUUGACAUCGUACGAUUUAAUAGCCGACGGCGACGUCGAUCAGCUUUCGAUUGAAAUUGAAAAGGAACGUGUCGAUUAUUGGGAGAAGAGUAAAAAUCUUCAGGAACAAUUAAAGGAAUUACGCUCGGAAAUUGAGGUAAUGAAGGUAGGCGAGAAACAGUGUGAAUUAGAUCAACUUCAUGAGGAACAAGUGAGACUUGGCGAAAAUAAAUACAGUACAUUGAAAAAAGUCAAGUCAGGUUCAACCAAGGCGAGAGUCGCCUUCUUCGAGGAACUCUAACAGAAAAGAAUUUCGUCAUUGCAAUUUAUUAUUUAAAUCAGUCAUCGUGAUAAUUUGCCAAAAUUUUCAUUUUCUUAUUCUACUAUAGUGAAACGAAAAAAUAGUGACAAAAAACAAAUUCUUUCAAAACUUUCCACAUUCAAAAUUGAAACAUUUUUUUUACAGAAAUAUUUCAAUUUUCAAAACAUCUUUAACACAAAGACGAAAAGAAAUUGUUCUCUAAGCUUCGCACAAUUGUUAAAGAAAUUCCAAGCCAAUAGUGCCUUGAGUUUUUUUUAAAUUAGAAAAUUACAAGCGUCAAUUAAGUAAGUCAUUAAUUAUUCGAUAAUUAAUGGAUUUUAAUUCAUUUAAUGAAUAUGUAUUCAUUACUAAUAAUGAAAGCGAUUCGCAAAAUAUUUUUAAAUAUUCCCGACUAUUCGGAAACGAAAUUUUUUUAUAAUAAUUUUAUCAUAUAUAGUUUUAGGUGUACGAUAACCCAGCUCGCCAUAUUCUCACAUGCGAUAAUUGUACAAUAGCAGUUUGUAAAUUUAAUAUACGGAAAGUCAUUAGUA